GGGCUCGYGGCCCGCCGGCUGCUGGCCCCCGGGCGCAACCCCUUUGCCGAGCCGCCCUCGGGGCCGCCGCGGCCGCUCGUGACGGACCGGCGGGCGCGGGACAAGGUGCUGAAGCAGGGGUUCAGCGCGGCGCGGGUGCCGCGGCAGCUGGACGCGGUGGUGAUCGGCAGCGGCAUGGGGGGCCUGGCGGCCGCCUGCACCCUGGCCAAGGCCGGCAAGCGGGUGCUGGUGCUGGAGCAGCACGACCAGGCGGGCGGCUGCUGUCACACCUUCGAGGAGCGCGGCAGCGAGUUCGACGUGGGCAUCCACUACGUGGGGCAGAUGCACGAGGGCAGCAUGCUGCGYGUGGCGCUGGACCAGCUCACGGACGGGCAGCUGGCCUGGCAGCGCCUGCCCGACCCCUACGACGUGGUGUGCCUGGGCGGCCGCGAGUACCGGCUCCGCGCUGGCAAGGCCGCCUUCGGCGCCGCGCUCGAGGAGCAGUUCCCCGCCGAGAAGGCGGCGAUCCGGGAGUUCAUGCGGCUCUCCAAGCUGGCCGCCAGGCGCGUGGCGCUGCUGGCGCUGCUCAAGAUGGUGCCGCUCUGGCUGGCCACCUUCCUCACCCGCACCGGCCUCAUCUACUGGGUCUCGCCCAUCUUCCGCAUGGCGGCCACCAGCCACAGCGAGGCCGUGGCCCGGCUGACGGCCGACGGCGACCUCCGCGCCCUGCUCAGCUACCUCUUCUACGGCACGGCGCCGCGYGACUCCAGCUUCCUCAUCAACGUGCUCAUGCUGCACCACUACCAGCGCGGCGCGUGGUACCCGCGCGGCGGCGCCAGCGAGAUCGCCUUCCACGCCGUGCCCGUCAUCGCGCGYGCCGGCGGCGCCGUGCUCGUGCGCGCCCCCGUCACCCGCAUCCUCGUCUCGCCCGACGGCGCUGCCGUGGGGGUGGCCGUGCGCAAGGGGCAGAGCGAGGACGGGGACGAGGUGGAGAUCGCGGCGCCCGUCGUCAUCUCCGACGCCGGCCUCUUCAACACCUUGGGCUCGCUGCUGCCGCCGGAGCUGCGCGGCCUGGCGGGCGUGCGCUCCCGCCUGGACAUGGUGCGCCACGGCAUGGGCUCCUUCCUGGUGUUCGUGGGGCUGCGCGGCACCGCCGCCGAGCUCGCCCUGCCCGCCACCAACUUCUGGCUCUACCCCCACAACGACCUGGACGGCAUGAUGAGCCGCUACGCCGCCCUGCGCGCCGACGAGGUCCCCGACAACCUGGCCAUGAUGUUCAUCACCUUCCCCGCCGCCAAGGACCCCAGCUACGAGGAGAGGCACCCAGGGCGCUCGUGCAUGACGCUGCUGACCAUGGCGCGGUACGAGUGGUUCGAGGAGUGGGCCGGCACCCGCGCCAAGCACCGCGGCGCCGGCUACGAGGCCUACAAGGAGGCCAUCGCGCAGCGCCUGCUGGAGCGCGCCCUGCAGCGCUUCCCGCACCUCCGCGACAAGGUGGAGUUCGUGGAGGCCGCGUCGCCGCUCACCAACCAGCACUACCUGGCGGCGCCGCGCGGGGAGAUGUACGGGGCCGAGCACGACGUGGGCCGCUUCGCRCCGCACGUGGUGGCCGCCAUGCGCGCCCAGACGCCCAUCAGGAACCUCUACCUGACGGGGCAGGACGUGUUCAGCUGCGGGCUGGCGGGCGCGCUGCACGGCGGGCUGCUCUGCGCCUCCGCCGUGCUCGGCCGCCUGCUCUACGUGGACCUGCUGCUGCUCAAGAAGAGGAUCAAGUGGCGCCGGGGACGCAAGGCGGCCUGA